AUGGCGACAGAUGUCCAGUCCGCUGCAGUGCGGAUCCUAAACACUGACAGUACCCGAGACCCUAGCUACAACCACUUCUCCUUCGGCCCCUUCUUACGCCAAAGCUUCGGAUUCGGACUCGCCAGCGAUGUCCCAGUGUGUAAAGCCUACAGCGAAGGCCAUUGUCCCUUAGGACCAGCCUGUCCGGACCGACACCCGACUCCAUCGCGGGUUACAACGUCAACGACGACGGCAUCCGGGCUGGCUCCGUCGACGACACAUGGCUCCCUCGUGUGCAAGCAUUUUCUCAAGGGUCUCUGCAAGAAGGGCCUCAAGUGCGAAUACCUUCAUGAAUACAACCUCCGCCGCAUGCCAGAAUGCCAGUCGUUCACGCGGUCCGGCUACUGCCCCAAUGGCGACGAUUGCCUCUACCAGCACGUGCGCGAACAAGCUCGAUUACCGCCCUGCGAGAACUACGACCAAGGUUUCUGCGAGCUGGGCCCGCUCUGCUCCAAGCGCCAUGUCCGCCGUCGGAUCUGCAAAUACUACCUUGCUGGCUUCUGCCCGGAGGGGAAAGCGUGUACGGAUGCGCAUCCGCGCUGGUCGGAGAAUCUCCCCAAACCGACCAUGAGGGUUGAUAAGACAGAGGAGGAACUGGAGCGGGAAAAGGCUCUUAUUCGAGAAGAGCAGGAGAGGGAGAAGGAGCGGGAGCGCGAGUGGAGGAGCGAGCGUGGUCGAGGCGGCGGCUUCAUGCGUGGUGGUCGAUUCCGCGGACGGGGUCGCGGAUAG